GACAACUCUCACAGCACUAGCAAAAAAUCGAACACACGAACAGUGCAGUUAAAUUGGAUAGAAUUUUGUUAGCAAAAAACUUACAAAAUGCCUGAUUUAUCCAAAGCUGAAAAGGAAUUUUUGCUCCGCAAGCAUGAGCAAACCAUGAAAUUGCGUGCUGAAUUCAUAAAAAAUUCAACCAACCCUUUCCGUCAUGCUACUGGUGAAGGUGGCACUGUGUUCGAUGCCGGUUUAGCCCGCUUCCAGUCCAUGAGAGUGUCGAAUUUUGAACACUUCAAGCCUACUGGUCAUGCUUUCCGUAUUGGCAUGGGUUUGGUUAUGCUGCCCAUUGUUGUCUACGCCUGGGCUUUAAACAAAGAACGUGAGGGACGUGAACGUCAAUACCGUAAUGGUGAAGUUGCCUACAAAGACCGCCGAUUUAAAUUCAUCUAAAGCCUUUUCUUAAUAAUUAACUGCCCACUGUGGUGUCAUGAAAAAUAAACAGUGAAACGAUUGUAAAUUUGAGAAAAAAAUAAGUGCAUUGAAAUAUAGUUUAAUUAUGUUUUAAUAUCUAUAGUAAAUAA